CAUACUCUAAUCCUCCUCAAGCCUCCCCUAUUGUCUACGUUUCUCGCAAUAAGCAAUGGUUCAAUUAUUGGCCCUUGGAAUAUUUAUCGUGACGGUUGUCGCUUCAAGCAUUAGGUCACGCGUGAAGACCUCCGACACGGAAUUGAAAUGUCGAGCCUUGCCUGGCGACACGGCUUGGCCCUCGAAAACGAAAUGGGAACAAUUGAAUUCAACUAUUGGUGGGAGGCUCAUCGCGUCUCUCCCGCUCGCCGCCGUAUGCCACGAUCCUUACUACAACGAGAAGCAGUGCAAUUAUCUCCGCGAGAAUUGGGACUCCCCAAAGAUCUACGUGGACAAUCCUACAACCCCAAUGAGCUAUUGGUUUCAGAAUUCCAGCUGCGAUCCUUGGGCAGAUAGGAAGCUUCCAUGUGAACUCGGGAAUCUUGCCGAAUACGCCAUUAAUGUGACUGGUUCAGCGGACGCUGUCGCUGGUGUCAAAUUCGCGCACGAGAACAACAUUCGCCUAACUAUAAAGAAUACGGGUCAUGAUUACUUGGGGAAAUCAACUGGUAAAGGUUCCCUCGCACUAUGGACGCACCAUCUGAGCAGCAUCGAAGUGAAAAAGGACUACAGCGAGCCAUGGUAUAAGGGCCCCGCAGUGAAAUUCGGCUCGGGGGUCCAGGGUGCAGAAGCAAUCGAAGCUGCCCGUGAUGCUGGUCUGCGAGUCUUGGGCGGUGCUUGUCCCACGGCCGGCUUCUCGGGUGGGUUUAUUCAAGGCGGCGGGCACUCUCCACUCUCUGGUGCGCAUGGUAUGGCUGCAGAUACAGUCCUUGAAUGGGAGGUUGUCCUUGCAGAUGGCACCCUCAUUACUGCCACUCCCCAGCAGAAUGAAGACCUGUAUUUUGCGCUUGCUGGAGCCGGUCCUUCGACAUUUGGUGUCGUCAUUUCCGCUACUGUCCAAGCCUUUCCUGACGGCCCAAUUGGCGGUGCUUCUUUAUCAAUUGACCGUAGCGGUGUCAGAAACGAUACUUUCUGGAAGGCAAUCACAUAUUUCCAAAAAGCUCUCCCUGAUUUCAAUAAGGCUGGUGGUCAGACUGCCUUUGGCAUCUCGGGGAUAUGGUUCGAUCUUAAAUCUCUUACUCUUCCAGACUACGGUAAUGAGAAGCAGAUUCGUCAGCUUGUGUCAAACUUCACAAAAGGCCUUGACAGUCUUGGGUUGAAAUAUAACCUUACUAUUUCUGUUAGUCAAACCUAUGUCGAGCAUUUCGAAAAGUACUUCGGUCCUUUGCCAUGGGGCACAAUGCCCGUCGGCGGGUUGACAAGCGGCCGUUUUCUCCCAUUAUCAGUUAGUGAGGCUUCACCUGAGAAAGUCGUUGGUGUCUACCGCGAUAUUGUUGACAAGACUCAAAUUAACCUCGCAUCCACCGCUCAAGACGUUUCGAUUAAUUCGAAGCGCAAGCCGGUGGCAUCAAACUCGGUAAUGCCCGGUUGGCGUACGGCUCUUCAGACAAUUUUCAUGGAAAGUGAAUACCGCUCGAAUAUUUCGUGGUCAGAGAAACAGGCGGUGGAAAGUCAACUCAUUGACUUUGCGGAACGGCGUAUCGACUCCCUCGUGCCGGUUGAUACAGGGGCCUACUUGAACGAAGUAAAUUUUUCGCCUAAAAUUGACUGGAAGACACAGUUCUAUGGCAGCAAUUACCAAAGGCUACUCGACAUCAAACAUAAAUACGACCCUGAUAACGUAUUCUGGGCUACGACGGCCGUUGGCUCGGAUGCACUGACGGUGGCUGGUGAUGGACGCCUGUGCAAGGGGUAGCGAUUUCAACAAGAGCCCGAUCCAGCUUACCGAGCAUAGUUCUAGUGCAUAGGUGACUUAAUCACUAUAUACACAUGAUUUUAAUAAAAGGUAUUUGAUAGGAUAGCAGAGCUCUUAGAAAUGCGCGCGAAAAU